AUGGCGUCUUCGCGCGGCGCGGCUGUGUCACGGCGUUCUAGCCUCGUGCUCGCUGCAUUGGCUGCUCUCAUGCUCUCAGGCUGGGCGCUCAGGGCUACCGCUGUUCGCCUGCCAGCUGCGAGUAACGCUCCCGACCACUCGUGUGUGCAGAGGAAGUGUGGCGCCAAUGCGGUGUGCGUGAAGGAGAGGGGCGAUACCAUAUGCAUCUGCAACGUUGGAUUCUCCAUGACCCCCGCCGGCUGUGUUGACACAUGCGUGCUCAAGGCGUGUGGAGGCAACGCCACGUGCAUCAAGGACAGUGCUGGAGUGGCAUCCUGUGUUUGUCGCUCUGGCUUUGUGCUGCAGGCUGACAAGAGGACGUGCACUGACACGUGUGUGCUCAAGAAGUGUGGGAGUAACGCCAAGUGCGUGAAGAGUGCUGCAGGAGUGGCGUCCUGCGUGUGUGACACUGGCUUCGUGCUGCAGGCUGACAAGACUACAUGCACUGACACGUGUGUGCUCAAGAAGUGUGGGAGUAACGCCAAGUGCGUGAAGAGCGCUGCAGGAGUGGCGUCCUGUGUGUGUGACACUGGCUUCGUGCUGCAGCCUGAUGGCGUCACGUGCACCGACACAUGCUUUUUCAAGGCGUGUGGAGGCAACGCCACGUGCAUCAAGGACAGUGCUGGAGUGGCGUCCUGUGUUUGUGGCGCUGGCUUUGUGCUGCAGGCUGAUGGCAGGACGUGCAUUGCUGGGGGGAGGGGGGGGGGGGAGGAGGAGGAAGGGGAGGGGGAAGGGGAGGAGGAGGAGAAGGAGGAGGAGGAGGAGGAGGAGGAGGAGGAGGAGGAGGAGGAGGAGGAGGAGGAGGAGGAGGAGGAGGAGGAGGAGGAGGAGGAGGAGGAUUUUAUCACUGGCUGCAUCAGCGGCGCCACCCCCACCGUCUCUUCCACCAGCAUCACCUUCUACGAUCAGACCAACUACACCGUCACUUUCAACACCUACACAAUGCGACUCAACUUCAACGCCUGCACCACCCUCCCUCCUAUCACCGUUGAGGCCACGCGAGCGAUUCUGCGAGCGGACAGGGUGCCUGGGGGGGCGAGGGACUGUGCUGCUGUGUACGCGUUCCCGUGGAGCAGCUGGUGCAUUGGUCCCAAGACAACGCUUCGCCCUCCAGUUAAUGGAACAGGCGGGUCGAUCUAUUAUUUCGGAUAUCCGUACAGCUCCUUCAGCUGCGUUGCUGCUGAGUCAUGUGCAACCAAGAGCUGUGGAGGCAACGGCACGUGCAUGGAGGAUAGUGCUGGGGUUGCCUCCUGUGUUUGUAACGCUGGGUUUCUGCUGCAACCUGACGGCACCACAUGCACUGAGGCGUGUGGGACCAAGAUCUGCGAUCCCACGACUGACUGUGUGAGGGACGCUGCAGGCGGUGCAUCCUGUGUGUGCAAGGCGGGCUAUCAGAGCAUCUCCGGCAAAUGUGUUGGGGUGUCGGUCAACUCGGAUGCCGCGCUGGUGUUUUGUCGAGAGCUCUGUGCUCCUCUGCUGCUCCAUGCCCCGUCACAUGUGGAGACUGCCCUACACGAGCCACCUGCACCGCCCUACCACAUGUGGGAGCUGCCCUACAGGAGCCACAUGCACGGUUACUUCUAG